AUGACGAAAGCGCUCGUCGGCUAUGACUGCGACGGCGAGUGCCGCGACGACAGCAGCUGUGACGAUAGUGACGGUGGUGGCGAUGGUGGCGGCGUUUGUCACGAGCAGGACGGUGGUGGUGACAGUGGCGAUGGCGACGAGAUGGAGAAUCGAAGAAGACACAUCGUAGCCACUGUGUUGGAGGCCCGUAAACGCACCCAGUCGAAGCUAAGCGGCAGAAGCGUUCAGGCGAGGAGCGUGAAACGUUGGCGGAGAAUGCAAGGGCGAGCAGCGGAGGCGCGCGGAUUCGCGAAAGCUCGUCCGACGAUCGUCCACGCCGAGGACGACGAUCGUCACGGCUCGCGAUGAUGUCGGAACGCGGUCGCGUAGCAUCGGUUUCGUCGGUUGUGUUCGCGCGACACAGAGAGCUCGUUAGAAACGUUCGACACGCGACGGGAUAAAUGCGAGACCGAAACCUCGUGGGUGGACCAGUUGUCGCGGCGACGAAAAAGAAGAAGAAAAAAAGACACCUGGAAUCGAUACGACGACGGCAUCAACGGAAAUCAAGCUGGUGGCAGUGGAUGAGAACAGGUGUGCAACAGAAGAGGAGCAACAACGGAAGGUUGAAUGUAGAUCAGGAAGAGGAGGAAGAAGAGGCGGACGAGGAGUCGAGGAAUUUCGGGAAGGAUAGAGGGAAGAAGAGGAGGACGG